UUUCGGGAGCAGCACCAGCGAGCCAGCAGAAGCAGAGUGAACCGUCGAACGAUGAAGAAAUAUUUGAGUAGUUAAAUACAAGUGCGAGAAAAUUUUACGUGUUUUAUUUUGUGAAGUGGAUAAAAAGCAGUGGUUUUGUACGAUCGCCGAAAUUUGGAAGGCUGGAAAAGCCACAGCGAAUAAGAAUUUUUUAUUCCAAUACUUCAGUCUUUUCAAAUACCUAUAAGCACUUUUUUGUGUGAAUUAGACUGUGUGCGACGACUUGGUUGGUAGUACGAACCUGAGAGUACCUAGUAGGAAGGAACCGUCCGUAUUUUAUCCAUAAGCUCUCGAUUGGAAGCAUUUGCGUGCUGAUGGUAGUUGUGUUCGAAGUGCUUCACGAUAGCAAUUGCGAAUCAAUUUUUUUUUUGCUCAGCUCGGUUCAUGGCGUGAAAGGAUAGUGUAUCAAAGCGAAGGGGGUAAAAGAAGUGUAGUCUGGUGGUCGGAAGAAACGGGUGGACGGUACAAAUCGCCGUCGCAUGAAGGCGGGUUUUGGCUGGAGGUUGAGUUGAGGAGCGACCGCUCACUCACCGCUGUCUAAGCCGGACGAUUGUCUUCUAUACUACGGGCUGCUGAUUUUGAUUGGUUUACCCACUUCUAAAACGGUAGCUGCCAAACAGCACUUUGUGGAUUCAAACUUUAAACGACUAUCAUCGCCUAGUAGGCUGCAACUUACAAACCACACUAAGAAAAUGUCUACCGACAACCAAGAGAGGAGCUGUAAAAUUUCAUCUUUGCGAAGGUGCCUUAGCAAUAAUGAUUAGUGAACGAACAGAACCGUUUGAAGCGCGUUCCGCAUUAUCAGUUGACGGCGGGCAAUAGAGUGAUUAAAGAAGAGGACAGUUAAAUUGUGAUCGAUUGUCAUUUAAAUGAUACGGCCAAAUCAAGCGCACCUACAUUAAAUGUACAGUUUACUUAGCAAAGCUACAAACAAAGUGCAAAAAUAUACUAAGAUUUAAUGGAAGAAGACGAGCAGAAAAUAGCUCGUGACAGCCACCACAUUGCGAAAGGAGAAACGGCAUCAAUUGCCAUCGUCGCGGAUAUUCGUCUCAAUGAGAUAAACCCCUACAAAUACUUAGCUUCUUCCUUAAACUAUUCUUCAAAUUGUGAUUAUAAUAAUCGAUAGGCACACUUUUACAACAGUCAAGUAAGAAACAAAACGUACUCCCUGAAACAGGGUCGCCACGCUACCGCAGUUUAGAGCAGUAGCCAAGUCAAUCAAGUUGCAUACCUUAUUGGUACUACAUAGAGCCGCCUACGCAAAGCUCAAUCAAGGGAUCAUUCACAGACGUGGUGUAGUUGCUAUUGACUACUCCAUAAUCCGCACACUCGAUCAAUGCUUUGUCGAAAAAAUUCGUUAAUACUUCCAACCCUUGCGAGCUGCUACAUUGCAUACGAAUGAACCCCCUCGAGGCAGCUAAGCUAAUCAGUUGGACCGAACCGGCAGUGUAGUGGACAGAUCAGUUAGUGGACAGUGUGUGCGAGUGUGUUAGUAGUGCGGUGCUCCUACCAAUUCAAACCCGAUUGCAGCAGCAGCAGCAGCAGCAGCUUAGUGGUUGGUUGCGGUAGUGGACUGGUGUAGCACACUACGAACCAGAGCGGUGUGCUGUCUGUCGCGUUGAGCUUUGCCAUAUAAUGGACGAGGAGAACACCGUGAUCUACCGAGCGACCGCCAAUUACACUUCUGCCAAUGUCGACGAGCUUAGCUACCAGAAGGAGGACAUCAUCGAGGUGUACAUCCCGAAAUCGUCGACCAGUGCCAUUUGGUACCACGCGAGCAACACGCGCACCAAGCAGAAUGGUUACGUGCAGUUGCAAAAUUUAGUGCGAUGCGACGGCAGUAGCAUGACAACUCCAUCCUCUACUCAUUACCUGCCGAUCAACAGUCUAGUGGGGGACCCUCCCGGCACUAGCACUACAAGUAACGUUAGCAGCAACAGUAGCAUCAACACCAGCAGUCCGAGCAGCAACCCUAGCAGUAAUAACAGUAGUAAUCCCUUCAGUACUAGCCACGAUGCAAAUUCCAGUGCGGAUAGAGACAAUAGCAGUGCUGUUACCGGCAGCGCCACCGGUCAAACCGUGCUGGGUGGCAGUACGGCCGCCGUAACGACGGUUGUGGCAACGAUGGCCAAUCUUACGCUCACCAAGUCCACCAAGGACAGCAAUAGUCUGACACUGAAUCUGACUCAUUCGGGCGGUUCCGGCGGCGAACAGCAGUACCUACUGGAUGAUAUCUACGUGCAGUGCGUAAAUCCAAGCACAGGAGUCGGUUCGGUUAAUAAAACGGAUGAAUUUAGUAAUAAAAACAUUAACAAAUGUCACACGCCCGUACCUGUUUAUUUUGUAACUCCUAUUAUCUGUUUACUUUGUCGUGACUACAUCUGGGGCCUCGGACUGCAAGGACGGCAGUGUAGACAAUGCUGGUCGUGUUUCCACAUCAAAUGCCUGCCGCUAGCCAUUCACGAAAUGUGCCAAAGAAAUCCUGACGUUUAUCCGAAGAUGCCGACCACGUACAGCACCGACAAGUCAAUUAACGAGUGGACGUCAGCGAACGUAUUGGAAUGGAUGGCUGCUAACAACUUGUACACCUACGCUGACGUGUUCAAAGCGAAAGAUAUAAAAGGCUGUGAUUUAUCGAAUUUGGAUCGUGAUAAAUUAGGACAAAUGGGUAUUAAAAAUGAAUUCCAUCAACAAACAAUCCUGGCGUCCAUUAAGGAUCUACUGACGAGUGCGGAAAAACCAAUCCAGAGUAGUGUCGCGUUGCGGACUACCAGCGGUGGCAGUGGCAUCGUUCUGGGAAUCGCCUCAGAGGAAGGUGACACCGCACUUGACAAACACUCACAUGAUUUGGUGGAUCAUUCGUUUUCGAAGCUGGUUAAAUGUGAUAAGUGUCAGCAGUACUUGCGUGGGCUGAUACAUCAGGGAUUGCUAUGUAAGCAGUGUAAUCUCAUUGUCCAUAGACAGUGUUCGGCCACGGGACUUAAACCGUGUGCAGCCGACGCUGGAAGUCGAACAACGGCGGCUGUGCUGGCUGGCGGUCGAGCCCAGCAGGUGUUCGGUCUAGGCCUGUGCCAGCAGUUCAACGUGGGCGAACUGCCGGCCCCUCAGAUCGUCAUAAUACUCUGCAACGAACUGGAGCAGAAGGCAAUGAUCAACCUGAACCUAGAUCUGUACAAACUGUAUCGAACGACGCCGCCCAACUACGACGAGGUGAACAAAUUGCGCGAUUCGCUCAACGAGAAUCUAAUCAACACCGAUCUCAGCGGCUACUCGCCCGAGUGCGUAGCUACGGUGCUGAAGAAAUUCCUCCGCGAGCUGCCUGAUCCGAUCAUUCCGGUCAUGUUUUACGAUAAGUUUGUCGAAACCUCCAAGAUUACCAGCGACGCCCUUGCUGUCGAACAGCUCCGAUUGCACAUCCAGGAGCUGCCAAUUUUCCACAAUAUGACGCUCAAGUAUAUCAUGAUCCAUCUGAUACGAAUCUGUCGAAUGCAGUACCAGAGGGGGCUCAAGGAGCAACCGACGAUACUGAUACAAGUAUGGUGCCAUAUUCUGAUGCGUCCUCCCUGGGAGAAGAUUGUUCAAAUCGUGUACAACACGGAAAAUCACCUGCGAAUAAUGGAACUGCUGCUGUACAAGCUAGACUGGAAGGAAAAGUUGCCGGAAUUCCUGUCGGCGCCGGCUGUACCGCCGCGAAAGAUCUCCCGGACUACGGCAGGGUCGCAGCAGCCCGCGAAUUCAUCCGUCGCCGGUGGUCCCGCAGGAAUGGGUACUCUCAAGAAACCGGCCAUCACGUCGCCAGCUGCGGUGAUAACGGCGCAACCCAUGGGGGUGACGUACAACAACGUCGCCGGUGUUAUGAACGCUGCCGCCGGUCCAAGUGGUGUUUCCGGCAAUAAUGGUUCGUCCGUUGCGCCGUCCACCGAUGGCCGUGGCGGCGGGUGGCCACUGCAGCUCCGAGCGGUCGGCGAUGCUGACACGCCGGCGGAUCUCCGGGAAGCGGAAUGGUACUGGGGAAAGAUCACACGGGACGAAGCCAAGGAGAAGAUGACGGAUGCGCAGGACGGUUCGUUUUUGGUGCGGGACGCCACCAGCGGCGGCGGUGAGUACACGCUUACGCUGAGAAAAGAUGGUACAGACCGUGUGAUCAAGAUCUACCACAGUAUGGGCAAGUACGGGUUCACAAAAGACUGCAGUCAUAAUAGUGUGGUUGAUCUGAUCACCUACUAUCGGGAUGUUUCACUGAAGGAUUACAACACAAUCCUGGACAUCAAGCUGACGUAUCCGGUUUCGCGAUACGAGGACGAUAAUUAUAUUGCCAGUGCGGGAGACGAUACGCCGCGGUUGGCACAGAAGUUUAUCGAUGCGGUGCAGCAAUAUAACGAGAAGCAGCUCGAGCGAAAACGGCUAACGGAAGCGUACACGACAGCUAAGAAUUCGUCCGACUUGAAAAAGCAAGCGCAGGAGGCUUUCGCGGAGGCGGAAAAACUAUUCAACGAGCAGCUAGCAAUACAAGCUAAAUUCGAGAAGGAAGCGCAACCACACGAGAAGCAAGGUCUAAACACGAAUCACCAACUGAUCGUGGAUCGCAUGCAGGAACUGAACCAGUGCAAAAUACAGCUGCAAGCCGACAUGGAAGAGGAAAAGGCUCGAAUCUGGACGCUGGAGCGAGAGAUCAAUAAGCUCAACCCGGAGCUGAUGACGCUGCUUCGAACGAAGGAUCGCUACAUGGAGGAAAUGAUCCGGCAGGGCGUUAGCGACAACCAAAUCAAGCAAAUGUUGAACGACGGUUACUUCUCGUACAAUCAGAGCAGCCAGGAGCUGCCGCACAACGAUGAGAGCACCUGGCUGAGGCCCACAUUCAACCGGCAGGACGCGGAGCAGUGGCUGGUGGGGAAACCGACCGGUACGUUCCUGAUACGGUCCCGCAACGGCGGUCAGCACGCGCUGUCGAUCACCUGCAACGACACGGUUAACCAUUGCAUCGUGCACCAAACGGAACGCGGAUUCGGCUUUGCCGAGCCGUACAACAUUUACGAUUCGCUGAAAUCGUUGGUGCUGCACUAUGCUAACAACUCGCUGGAGGAACACAACGACACGCUGCAGACGACGCUCAAGUAUCCGGCGUUUCACGUCAAGCAGCAAUCCAACUAGGAAGGGAAGCGAAGGGAAGUAUCUUCCAGUAUACCUACUUCGUUUUUUCGGUUUCUACGUCUUCUAGAAGGUUUAAGUUCGAAUCCAUCACGGGAAGGUUUCUUACACUUCCCUCUGAAAUGGUUCGUUUUCUUAUAAUUUUUAAGAAAAAAAAUUAUAUUGGUAAACAAUAAAUUCACUUGUUGCGCGGGGCACCACUUUUGCUUUGAUCGAAAGCAGACGUGGCCACCUCGUGGACCCCACAUCAUCAUCUAAAUUGUGUGCAUAUUUAAAAGGAACCUCACUAAGGCCAUCAACGCAUGUUUCGAUUGCGUAUUCGAUUUCGUUUAGAGAACAAAUCUUUUAGCUAGGAAUAUUAUGAAAUGAAAUUAUUGUCGAUGAACGGUAAUCCAACUUCGAUUCGAGCGGACUGACUGGUCGGCGCUGUUAAGUUUAGUUGGUUACAACAGUUCUUUAGAUUCUUUUCCGUUCGAUCAAUGCUUUUCUUGAUGGCAUUACAUUUUUUUGGUUGAUAUUCGGUUUUAUGUGAAACGAUUUCACUGUUGUUUUUUUUCAUUGAUUGUUGUAUUUAAUUGUGUACACUUCCGGUGCAACUUCCAAGACAUUUCGUUACUUAAUUGUAUGCUUUCGAAAUGACUAUGAAUUCUAAUAGGAUAUGAAACAAUUUAUCAGUUUUAUCGUAAAUCCACAGUCGACACUAGCAAUUUAUUUCUAUGCAGGUAAUAGCAUUUACUGGCAUGAUCAAAAGAAUUGAACACAAUCUAACGUAAAAUUCAUGUAUUUUUUACCCUAGCUAUGUUUUCUUCAUUUGUUUUAAUUGUCUCUUUGGUUAGAGCCAGAAGACUAUAAACCGGACGGUUGUAGAAGGCUUGACAUUGAUAUCAGCAUCAGUGUCCGCUAGGAGGAGCACUUGCUCAGAGUAGUUAUACAAUAGAAGACAGAGAAUAAACCCAGAGGUAACUGAAGACAAAUAAGGUUGGGAUUAACGAGAAUAGAAAGGGAGGGAACCCCCGAGUAAGGGAACAAGUCGUUUGCGGUAGGAGGAGAAGCAGUUAAGUAAGUCAGCAAGAUCUUUUGUUUUAUCGUGUAAUCGUUUAAAUAUAUAUUAUCUAUUUGUUUAUAAGGCGGUCCAUCGUUGUUAUAAAGAUCGCAGUGAGAUGUGAGAGAAUUUUUUUUGUAUAAUUAUGUCUAAUCAUUAAGACGAGAACCUUCUUCUGAUCGUGCCCUUUCUGUAUCCGCAUGGCGGUGUAUCGGGGCACCUGAAUGUCACGCGUUAUUAGGCGUGACUCCUGGCGACAUACACAUACACACAACCCAUAGGAAUUAUAUGAAUUGAUUUAAUCAUUUUUAAUUGUGUUAAUAAUUGAUAACGAAACUGAGAAGGGUGAAAAAAAACGAGAAGAAAUUAAUUAAGUAGAGAACCUGUGACAAUGAAACAUUGUAAAAUCAAAACACAAACCAAUGUGGAAGAAACAAAACAAAUUUAAUAUAUUUCUGGAAAAGCGAAUGUGAAACAAAGUAAUUUAGUAAUCAAAACAAGCGAAGAGUUUUUAAUUUUAAAAAAAUACUUAUAACACUACAAGUAUAAAGUAUAUAUUAAAAGCAUAGAGAGGUAAAGCAAAGUGGAAGAAACAGAAAAUUCAAAUUUGUAACGUAUAAGUUAUUAGGAAUGUAACAAAUUGGAAAAUAUUAUGACAACACAAACAUAUUUGUAUGGCAAAUUCAGCUUAAAUCAACAUUUUGUGAAGAUAGAUGCAACGGCAAUGGGGCAUUUACUGUGAUCCCACAAAAUAAAAAGGAAAGCAAACUCAGCAGAUCCAAAGUGUGUGUAUCGAAUUACUGGAAUAGAAUUGGCAAAACGCAACGAGGAAAAAUCAUUUUACCAAUCACCUGUUUGACGGCGGCGAGAUUAGAACAAGAACAGCAACCGAGCCGAGGCCGAGGUUGUUGUCUCGCGGUUGCAGCAAAACCUAAAAUUGAAAACUCGCUUUUUGAUAAAUGCUAAAACCAGUAAAAUAUAUAAACCAUCGUGGUCCAUGAAAUUAGAAAACAAAUUUGAAGGAAAAAAAAAUGAAAAACAAAUUACAACUACAUGUCUCUAAAUAAUCAAAACAGUGUUUUUUGUCGACAAAACAAUGAACAACCCAGUUUGUAGUGCGUGUAGUAUCUUAACAUUUGUCAGUGAAAGAAAACAAUAUAUCUAAAAAAAAAAGAAAAAAGAAUACAACAAUCGGAUACGUCGAUCCAACGGAUGAACAGAUUAAUGCGGAUGAUUAAUGCGAAGAAAUUUUUACUAAAAGCAAUGUCAGUUAGAUCAGAAUUCCCACCUGAACGAAUGAGAAAAAACAAACACGAAAAAAUAGUCAUCAUUAUAAAUCAGCAACUGAAACCACAUAGUAAAAGCUCUUUGCAACGGAUAUAAACCACGUAAAAAAAGUUAAAGUCUUGCGUAGGAAACUAAUUUUUCUCACUAAGAACAACAUUCAUACUCAUACAAACAACUGUUUCGAACUAAAACACACCACAUACACACACUUACAUAACAGUUGCCUCUGUUCUCCACCUUUUGUAUGUGGUAAAAAGAAGAACGCAAGAGAAAGCAAGUAAACUAGAGAGAAAGCGAGCGAGCGAGAGAGCGCGACGUUUAAGGAUAAACCAGCAACACAUGUGAAACAUGUACAAAUUAAUAUUAAAAACCAAUUUAACUCUUAAAAACUAACAGCAACUUAACCAUCAAAAAUAAACCAACACACUUGCAAACAAAAAACACAUACCCACACACACAUACACACUCACACAUCCACAUACCCACACCCACACACUAAAGCGAGUGCGAAAAAUGUAUAAACCAACAUCCCCCGACAAAGCACACAUUUUCCUUCCCCGUCCCUAUUCCUCAAUUUCCCAUCAAAGCUCAAAUUGAUUCCGCACCCACCAAACCAGCAACCCAAACCACCCAAACGAACGAACGAUAUGCAAACGUUGAUCGAACGAAAACACGGUUGAAUGAUUUAAGAAGGAAUGUGCUGAGCGUUGGAUGAAAUAUUCUUUGCAACAAUUAUUAUGUUAUUCAUAAGUGAUCGCACUUUAUUUCUUUUUAAACCUCAAUGACUACAAAAUACAGAAAAAACAUUAGAUUAGGCUCCGAUUCUCCAAAUGCUGAUUUAUUUGAUGCAAAACGCCCAUUUGCAUCAAACUGUUUCUCAUUUUGAACUGUUUUCUGAGUUUUCUUGAGCUUCCUCUUAGCGAUUUCCUAAAAAAAUUCAGAUGUGUCUGUGAUAGCUCCGGUACUUUUCUGUGCUGGGAUAGGGUUUGCACGCUGUUGGCAGUAUCAUAGCAUUUCUGAGUCAUUUUUACGCAGUAUCAGAAAGCAAGAUCUGGCCAAACCAGCACGGAUUGACCGUGCCAGUUGUCAGGAAAAUUUCGCGCUCUUGCUUUGGCCGUGGUGUUUUGCCUAUCGUUUCGAUUGGAUGUUACUGUAACACACCCAAGUAACAACGGCGGCUGAAUUGCAAGUGGUUUAAAGCGAUUAAAAAAUCUUUCAGCAGAACAAUCCACUUCUAAACAAUCAUAAAUAGGUUGCUUAAGGGUGCUAAGGGUGUUAAAGUGGCUGUAAAAACUAGUACUAAGCUUUCAUUAGGCUCACAAUACUGUCAGAUCAUAGAAUUUUGCAAUUCGACUGGCAGCAAACAUUUAUGCCUCACUGUCUGUCCUGCAGCUGCAGAUAUGGGGGAUCAUACAGUGAGUGCUUAGAGAUCAGAAACCCCAUACUGACACAGCAGGAUUCCUGUUUUUUGAGGGUUCUUUACCGAGUUAAAAUUGAUAUUCCGAGAAUUCAAACUUUUGGAUUCUCAUACAGCAGUUCUGAUUCUUGGCGAAUGUUCUGCAGAAAUCCUCAACUCAAUUCCUAUGCAAGAAAUGCCAGAGACUGUGUGCGAAUCGCCUUGGAGACAGCGACAGUGCACUUCCCGUAAAAAGGACGUACAUUUUUAAUUAGUUUUCAUAUACCUACCUACGAAUUAAAGUUAUUCGAAAUUAAAAACUAACGCGUUCCAUGGACAAAAAUGGCACGUUCCAUUUCUUUGAAAUUUAAAUGUGCUUAUUUAUGGGCUGCAUAAAGGUUGAUGAGAGACAUUGAUCAGGCGACUGGAAAAGUAUUCCAAAAAUCGAAUUGACAGCAUUAUGGUAAAUCUAUGGCUCUUUAAAAGUGCAGAAAAGCCUCUGUUAGCAUAUUCAUUGCAAUUACGAAUCGACUUUGAAUAAAGGUUUGCAUUCCUAAUAACAAAACUUUCUUCCAGACAAAGGUUAAAAAAAUCAGCUAAGUAGCAUUUUAUCAGCUCGAAACUGUUACUUGUGUCUUGCUUGCUUCGAUUUAAAAAUAACAAUAAGUUAUUAGCUGACCUAUAGCUGUAAAGCUUCCCGAUUACAGCGAAAUUUCAACCAAUUAAUGCCCACACUUUUUCCAGCAGACAUAGAAAGUUGAAACCCCGGCAUUCUGCUACAAGUUUCAGAAAAUUGAACAAUGUAACAGCUCUCGCUAAUUUUGCAUUUUGCUUGAGAUAUGAAAUCGUAAAUUCGCUUCAUAGAAACCUUAGAUGCAAACCAUAAACUGCGAGUAAAUCAACGCCACGGUUUUACAUUCGGAUCAGGUACAACUUCUUCCGAUCAGAAAUGCUACUCCGAUCAUGAUCAAAACAUAUGCUCUAUAUUCGCUCAGAAUUCAUAACUGGAAAUCUGAUCAAAAGAAGGGGUUUAAUCGACGCGUAAAUUACGCCUUUUCUUCAACCGAUUUCGGUAGUUUUCAAAUAGGAAUUUGAAAAUUCUAAUCAGUUUCACUUCCGUGUCACUUAACUUCACUUCGUUCAUGCAGAAUUUUGCAGUCGCAACUUGGUUUGCAGCUCGACGAAUAAAUCGUAUUUGUUUGUUCCUGUUCAAUAUCCAAUCUGGAUAAACCAAGUUGAUUUGUAACCGCUUGGCUGAUCAUCGAAUCUGCUUGGCAAGCGCGACUGGUCUUGGACUCGAAUCUUGGUACAAUCCGGCCGCACUCGUGGCCAAGUAACUUUAACGUAGGUUCUGAGUUAUCGACGAUGAAGCCUUUUGCCGGGCAAAAUGUAUAAGAGUGGCACUCUCGAGAAACGUAAUGAGGCCUUUUAUCUAUGGGUAAAUUACAACCGGUUUCCACUUCCAGAUGGCACAAGGAACGAAAUUGUUAUUCUAAAGUAGUGCGGUUCAAAGGAAAAAAGUUAAAAACAAAUCCUAUCAGGCCAUUCGAUGUAAAACGACUUAAGGUGCGUUUAGAUUGGCAACAUGUGGCAUGCAACCUUUUCCAAACUGUUGCCCGAUGUUUCCAAGCAACUAUGGCAACGUAUUACAAAUGUUCUGGUGGCGACAAAAGCAACAUUGAGCAACAUGUCGCAUACCACAUGUUGUCAAAAAAUUGCCCACCCACGCACCCUUCCUUCAUGCUAAAUUCCAUAUUUAGCAACACAACAAGCCUUUGUAAUAAUAAUAAUCUACUGCGUUAUAUUUUAUAAAUAACUAGAAGACCCGGCAAACUUCGUACUGCCACAAAUUGGGCUAAAUAUACGAUAUGUAAACUUCAGAUGAACUCCUGCUGCGUUUUAGAAAAAAGGGAUAUUUUCUAGGCAUAAGUCAAGUUUUGCCGUUGUCUAAGGAGUUCUGCGUUUGGUUUAUUAAACGCUGGGAUUUCAGAGAAUGUCUAAAUUUAACAACUGUAUUAAGUCAUUAGUAAGAAAUGCAUAUCGGUGUAAAAGUUGGUUUGCCAAUCCCCGCAAUAUCAACAGUUGUGUUUGUGGUAGUUGCAUUGAGUCUUGUUUUAUAAACUCUACUGGUUAAAAAUAGUAAUACUGGAUGUUAAUAUAUUUGUUGUAAAAUUUGGUACGACGGCUAAUAUAGUCUGCUGCAACUUUGGAAUUUCUCGAUAAUUUAAGGGCCAAUUUUAUAUUCUGACAUGUAUUCAAUAUCAAUAGUCAUCAGAUUUUUAUUUUUUUUUUGAUUCAUAAAUCUAUUGAUAAGAAUUACCCGAAGGAAUUGCAUUGCUGAAUCUCGAUAACUGUUAUUCUCAAUUCUCAAAACAAACUAAAUUUUAUUAUUCUACAAAAUCAAUUGAUCGCUGUAUUGUUCCUUUGGUAAUUCCCGCACUAAAACAAUGUAGCAUAAAAGCGUCAUUUUAUAAACCUUUUUGCAGUUCUAAAGAGUCUAAUACGAAAUGAAAUCGACUGAAAGUUAAAUACGAUUGUUUUUUGUUUUGAUUAUAGUCACUUUAACCAGCUAGGGUCAUUCAUGGCUUCUGCGGGGUUGGGAUUUGAACCCGGGUCCUCGUGAAUGCUAACCACUACGCCGGGAGUGAUCCCUUAAAUACGAUGUAUAAUAGUUGCUUCGUUCACUAUUUUUUUAAAAAUUCUAAAUCAUAUGCUCUUACUGUUGAUUUAUUAGCUUGAUAUUCAGUUAAACCGAAUAUGCUCAUAAUCCGUUAACAUAUGCAAAAUGUAUUCUUCAGUUGACGAUUGGGAAGUGGCAAUUUAGUGAAUUUAGUGCUUAAACCUCUUGUUAACCUGCACUGGAUCUUCUGGCUACGCAUCCGAUGUAAAAAGGAAUAAAAAUGAUUCGUGUUUGUUUCAUAAAUUUGAUAAAUGAAUGAACGAAUGAAUGAAAUUAACGAAUUUUAUUGCUGACACUUUAGGCUUGAGUUUAGGUUGAUUAAUAAGUUGGAUUUUCUGAAAUUGUAAACCCCCAAAAUGUUUAAUAGCAUUGUUAGAUGUGGCGAUUCCAAUGAAGGUCACCACAUGUUUGUUUGAAUACGACAACGGUGCUGCAAAAAAUCGUACGAUGAUCAUAGCAGCCAACGACAUGGCGCAUACAAUGCGUUGCGGGUUUUAUAUGGAAAACUAAUUUUUCGAGUUUUGCUAUCUUCCGAGUAAAUUUUUCAACUUUUCUCGCCGUAAAAACAUGGCGGUGGUGGAAACGAACACAACAAAGAAAAGACGGCUCAAAUCGGACGCUCCGUUCUCAAGUGAUGCGCGGUCGAACUUUUUCACUUCCAUUUUUAUAUAUAAGAUUAAAACAUGCUGGAUUUUCUGCCACGUGUUCCGUAUUUAACCACAGAGCAUUUGAAGUCACGUGGCGUCGAGGACUUAUUACUUCGACGCUCCCGUCGUCCGUCGGUCUUGUCAGUAUGCGAGCAACAAUGAAACAUCAAAACCAUGGAAACAAGAAGUUAGUGUUUUUUCGAAAGUUUGACAACUUGAUAUUUUCCUAAGAGCGUUCUAAUUUUUUCAGUUAAAAGAUCGUUGAAAAUUGUCCCACGAUUAUUCGAAACUUAUGUGAGUAUUGAAAGCAUAUUACGAUUUUGUUUAUUUCACUAUAAUGUAAUGAUGUAAUAUGGAAAACUAAAAUUGUGCGACAAACCGAAUGGGCUAAAAAGUUUAGAAAUUUGUAAUAAACAUUUGUUAUGUCGAAAAAUUUUCUAAAUUUUAGUUCAUUCACUUAUCGUUUGCUGUAGACGCGCAUUGCGAUAGACAAUUUAACCUUUGAAGUCUGGUUUAUGCACUUACAAGGCAUGAACCGUUAACAACUAAUCCUGCAUCUAACUUUUUCUGGUGAUUGAAAAUUGUUCCGGAAAGUUAUACCUAUUUUCAUAAGGCAAUAUCAAAAAUUAUUUUAAAUUUUUAAUUCUCACCAAAAAUUGUGGAUUGUUUCUGAACAAAAUCACACGAUCUUUCAGGAUAUGUAUUUGCUAUUUAUUCGUACAAUUCAUCGGACAAUUUGGGUCUAAAUGAACACUUAAAGGUUACUUAAUUGCUAGUAUUUACAUUGUCAAGUGCAAGAAUUCGUUGGCGGUAAAUGCGUGAUGGUUCGUCAAAAUUAAAAAGGCCAGCAAAGCAAUUGAAUUGUCUGGUCAUGGAAGCGAUAGGAGAGUUGGCAACAUAUUCAAAAUAAGAACCUACAGACAGGUUUUCUUUGUUUAAUUGGUACAAUAUCGAAAUAUCGAAAUUGGGUUUUCAAAUAGACUAGAUCUAAUUGCUGUAAUAUUUCAUUGUACGGUUUAAAUCCGUUUCGAUCGAAAUAUUCGUUCAGUUGGUUUAUUCAUUGGUCCACUGGAUUUCGUAAACCGAUUUUAGAUCAAAAUCUCAGUUUCCAUUCAAAUGCCCAGAUACCGAAUGCUCGAUUCUUGACUGAAAAUGUACUAUUAGACAUCCGUAUUCUGUAUUUCGAACGGAUUGGUAUUUCGACCGAAAGUUUUUUCGUACGUAAUUUCCGCCAGCAAAAUCAAAUGGGCAAAACAACUCGUUCGAAACAAGUCGAACGAAAUAAAGAUUCGUUCGAAAUACAGCAUAGGGAUGAGAGUCAGUAAAGUAUCCGACAUCAAAGUACAAAGCGGUCAGUACAUACAAACAUAGAAAGUAUGUGGCAUUGACAUUUCUUAAACCACGUUCAUAUCGUCGUUUUGGGUCCGGGUUCCCCCUCCACUUCCCUUGAAACCAGUCAACAACAACAAAAAAAAAACGAAACAUACAAAUAUAUGAUAAAAUAAUUAGUAAUUAUAUAAUACAUACAACAAAAAAACAAAAAGCUAGAGCUGUGGUCGUCGUUUUUACUAGCAUUUUUCAAAUUGACAAACAACAAAUAAUAAGAAACGAAAUAAACAAGAGAAUGUGAUGAAUUUCGAACGGUGAUAUUGGUAAUGCGAAGUUUGCGUAAGGCAAGAGGCAGAGAAAAGUUAAUGAAAGGCAUAUGGAAAGCAAAAAAACGCAAAGGUUGAGACACUCAAACUGACAACUUCACUCUCACGCGGCACGGAACGUGUCCGUUGACGAAUGUGUGACCUAUAUACGGACUGACCGACGACGGAAAGAGAAAUGUAAUAAAUGAGAAUGAGAAAUAGGAUCUAUUACAAUUACAAAACAAAACAAGCAGUGUUAGAAUAGAUAGGUGUUAGGAAAACGAAAUAAAGUCAUCUCUUCUAAUCGAAACUCGUUUUUUUUAUUAUUCUAUCAGGUCUCAUCUCAUUUGUCAUUUAAAAAGAAGCAAGCAAACACAACACAUUCAUACACUCACAUUCACUACGAUAAGUGAAAAUAGAUAGAACGAAGGCGAACCCAUACACACAUACAUAAACAAAACAUGUGAAAUAACAAUAUUACCUCUGUUGUUAUAGAAUUGAUGGAAGACCCAUUGGUAUGCACAUAUUUAAUCAAUAGUAAAAAUAAUAAUUACAUAAAAAGGCAUGUUCCCAAAUUUUGUUCUAUCCUUUACACACUCUCACCGGCCAGCCAAGAGCGAGUGAAAACUCACCGAUUCCGGAAUACGAAGACCGAUUGAUAGUAGUGAUUGAACUAUUUGCCAUAAAAAAGAGAUGGAAGUCGUGAAAAGCGCGACCAAAUUCGUUCUAACGAGCCGAUCAUUUCCUCGACCCUUUACUGUUUACUUAUAGAUUGGUUUUUCUUAAAUUGAGACAAGUAUGGAAAAUACUCCUACCACUUAUUACACCAAUACAAUACGAAUCAUCGAAAUGAAACAAAAAAAAGGUAAACAAAAAUAUCCGCAAAACACAAUCAAAAUCAACCGGAAUAAAUAGGUACAUUCGUACAACCGUAAUUCACACACCGUAACACAGACACAUACCGUAAUAACAAAAAGAAAAUGAUGGAAUGAUCAAUAAAGGUUUAGGGUUUGUGGUUGCUCUUGGCAGAAAGUAAUUGCAAAAAGAAGAAACAAAAAACAAAACAAAUAGGAAGCAAGAUUCAAACAAACAAAAAACACAGAACGAAAGAUGAUUAAACGAACAGACAGAGAACAAAAAAGAAAAACAGAAGCAAAACGUGAGAAUAAAAAAGCUAAAAAACAAAACAAAACAUACAAAAUAAAAUUAUAUGUGAUUGAAUGUAAAUACAUUUGUAUAAUAAAAAAAA